UUGUUUUGCUUGAAUUUCGAAAAUCGAAAUGUUGUGACAUUUGAGUGAUAUCAGCUUAAAGUUUUAUUUGUUUAAAAAAUAUUGUUUAUUACUUUUAUUUGCAUUUAAAUGUUUUUAUAAAAGUUUGCAUCGAAAAUGGAACCCUCACACAUUAAUGCCUUUGCAUUGUCCUUCGAUAAAAAUCGAUUGAGCUAUUGCGGCCAAGACUGUAAAAGGAUACCGCCAUCUUUAUGGAAUAUGUAUGGAACUAAAGUUAAUUACCUGGAUCUAAGUUACAAUAACAUUGAAACUUUAAAAGGUCUGGAAAAUUUCAAGGGAUUGGAAGAAUUAAUAUUAGACAACAAUAAAUUAGGCGACACUGUUAAUUUUCCACACUUACCGAGAUUGAGGACUUUAUCGAUAAAUAAGAAUCAGAUAUCAGAUUUAGAUAGAUUGAUAAAUGAAAUAAGUAAGAAUUUCCCAUCACUGACAUACCUGAGUCUUUUAAGUAAUAAAGCAUGUCCGAACCAGCUCUCUGAUAAUGAUAAAGACGACGCUGACUACCAAAGAUACAGAUAUUUUGUACUGUACAAACUGCCAAAUUUACGGUUUUUGGAUUCAAAACGAGUUUCAACGGCUGAAAGUAAGGAAGCAGCCACCCGUGGCGAGUUUAUGCGCGUGCGCAGACCCACCGGCGAUACAAACUCCUCCGUGGUAUUGCCUACAGGCACCACUUUGAGACCCUUACCUGUGGACCUAAACGCAUUGGGCAAACAUAAAGGUGCUUACGGAAAAUGCCUUUAUAAAUAUACGGGCAAACAUUCAGAGGGGAACAGGUUUAUACUCAAUAGUGAUUUAUGAGAUGUCAAGAUGUUGGUGAUGUAGAUAGUUAUUUGCAUAAUUAUAUUGAUAGCUACACACGCAACAGUGUACCAGAUAUUUACUUUUCAAAUAUAUGAAAAACUAUUAUGGUAAGGAGGUUAUGUCGCACUGCUGAGCUAAAGUCUCCCCUUCGUCUGUGGAGGGUUCUAUUCCCCGACACUGCCUGCUUAUUAUGGUAAAUAAAUCUCGGAAUGUGAAUUUUAACUUUAAUCACCGCUUCCUUGGUAAUAUCCUUUUUCAAAUAAUUAAAACAUAUAUUAUGAAUAUAUAUAUAAUUUAGUAUAGUAUAAUAAUAUUAUACAAUACUAAAUUAUUUAUAAUGUAGAAAUCACGUUAUAUUUGUAUACUUGACGGAUAUACCUGCGUGUGGUAUCACGUGAAUGUUAUAAUUAUUGCAUGUAUAGUUAUUCUUUAAUACUGAUGAAUCAUUUGUUGCCAGCACUAAAAUAUUUUAUUUUAUUGGAACAUGCCAUAUCGUUUUUCACUGUAAUUUAGUAAUAUUAUUGAUGAACUAAUUAUAAUUUGAUUUUUUUGUAUUUUAGCUAUAAGCGCACAUAUAUUUUAAAUAUAGAAUUUAUAAAUUUUAUUAUAAAAUCAUACUUUUUUGCCUUGAGCAAA